ACAAUUUUCAGGCCCGCCGCGUCUCGCAAAAAAUAUGAGAAAAAAAUUAUAAAAAAUUCGGAAAAUAGUUGAAAGUCAAGAAAAACUCAACAGAAAGGAUGUUGAAGGGUCCGGGGCCCCUGAGUCCAGGUGGUGCUGAGCUCAUAAAACUGGAUAGAUUAGUUGUAUCAGUAGUAGUCAGGCACUCUGCCCCUGUCCAUGUAGCUGGUCUUCUUUAGGGUGCCAUGGCCACGGGAACCCAGGGCCACCGUGACCACAUCCUGGAGAAAGCAAAGCUUGCACCACCCUCUGGAAGGCGCAGAAAAGCAGAAGGGAAACCCAAGAAGAACUUUCCUUGCCAGGAGUGUCAGAAAGCAUUCAACAGUCUGGAGAAGUUAAAGGUGCACUCGUACUCUCACACAGGAGAAAGACCCUACCGCUGCUCCCACCCUGACUGCACCAAGGCUUUCGUCUCCAAAUACAAGCUGCUACGGCAUAUGGCAACUCACUCGCCAGAAAAAAACCACAAGUGUUCAUACUGUGAGAAAAUGUUCCACCGCAAGGAUCACUUAAAAAAUCACCUACACACUCAUGACCCACACAAGGAGGCUUUCACCUGUCAGGAGUGUGGCAAGAGCUAUAACACCAAGUUGGGUUUCAAACGCCACCUUGCCCUCCACGCCGCCAAUAGUGGAGACCUCACCUGCCAAGUGUGCCUUCAGCUGUUCCCCAGCACCGGGGUUCUUCUCGAACACCUCAAAACACAUGCUGGCAAGUCCUCUGGUGGGACCAAAGAGAAGAAGCAUCGCUGUGAGCACUGUGAGCGGCGGUUUUACACCCGGAAAGAUGUGCGACGCCACAUGGUGGUGCACACCGGACGCAAGGACUUCCUUUGUCAGUACUGUGCUCAGCGCUUUGGUAGGAAGGACCAUCUGACCCGUCACAUGAAAAAGAGCCACGCCAGGGAGCUUCUGAGGGUAAAAACUGAGCCAGCUGAUUCGCUGGAGCCCGUUGUCUAUGAUUUGGCAUCUGGGAGCAUCAAGGGCGAGCUCCCGGGAAUGUUGACGCCAAGGUCGCACCAGCUCAACAUGUACGCAGGCCCGGUCCUGGACACGCAGCCCUUCUCCAACCCGACUCACGCCUUUUCUCUAAAGUACCCACUGGGCCCCAACUUUACCUCAUACACCAUGCCCCCUAACGAGAGGGAGCAGAAUCUAAAGGGAGAACUGGAGACUUACCUAAUGGAGCUGCAGAGCAGCAUGCCAUCCUCAUCUUCUGCAGCCCAAGAACCCCAACUCUCCUCCUCCAAACUUGAGUUGGUUCCUCAAGUGGGUAUGCUAGAGGAAGAGAGUGAGGAAACGUCCAUCUCCAAAAUGUCUGCAUCAGUGGCAACCACCACAUGCGACUCUCUGCCCUCAUCUUCCCCUCUAAUGGACUUUUCUCAGCUUUUCAAUUUCCUGCCACUCAACGGGCCUCCAUACAACCAGGUAGGAGGCAGCGGGGGGCAGGGCGUCACCUUUCCAGCCAACGAAGAGCCCACGUCUCUCGUCCAGCUGCCCCCUCAGGCCCCAAUUGGUCCAGAGGCUUCAGAGAAUCCACUUCAAGGACUUCCCUCUGCCUUCAUAUCCAAUCUCAGCGCACCCACCACACUGCCCCGCUUCCACCAAGCUUUUCAGUGAUCAACCCUCCUGCUCUGCACCGACUCUUCUGCUGGAGAAAGGGUUGCCAGAUCUUGUGACAGAAACAAGCAACAAAACAAGCAAUUGAGCUCUUACAAAAACAAGCCCAAAAGUUUGAUUAUAAUGAGCAGACUUGGCAACCGGGGAGAUGAAGGCUUGCAUCGUAAAAACAGCAGCGUGUGUCAGAUGCUGUGAAAAUCUGCCAGAAUUCGAUUUGUACUUGUCUAUACAAAACAAGUAAGAUGUGCAUACUCCACACAGCCUGAAUACGACCUUAUCCAGGCUGAAGUGAUCAGAAAAUGCUGUUUAAACCUCAUUCAGAGGAAGAAAUAUUGCUGUGUAUGUAAACAAAGCCACUGUUUUGACUCUGGAAGCUGGUAAAACAUCUCAAAUAUUCAAAGAUUUUAGCUAAAAGUCUGUUAGUGUGAUUAACUGUAAAUUAGCUAAAACCAGUUAAAGUACUGGGUACCCAACAGGUCCUCCUGUACUGAGUAACAGUAUUACAUGUCAUCUUAGGAGUUAUUUUCAUUUUCAUUUUUCUAAGAUUCAAUUAAUCCACACCAAAGUGAACCAGACAGACCAGUAUGGUUGCCACCUGCUGAAAAGUUCAGGUAGUCCCUAAAAAAAAAAAAAAGCACCAGCAAGGCCUCCCUCAUGGCUGCCAUCAGCCCCCAACAGCCAAUCCCCAACUUUUGUUGGGGAUCAGUCGCUGCAUUGAAAAGUCACAAAUUAAACUCAACAAUGAUACAGAAAUCAUCCUCCUGGGAGGGAGGGAGGGAGGGAGGGAGGAGCGUUGCUGAGGGUUUAAACGGGACUGCUGCUUCACUUCUCACCUGUUAGUGUCAUUGUGCUCUUUUUUAUUUCUUUUUUUUUUCCAUACAGACCAGAAAUCUAACAUGUGAUAGAUUAGAUUGUUGGUGAGUGUUGGAGUGAAACUUUUAGAUGAAGAAAAGAGCUGAAAAACAGAGAAAGCUCAUUUUACAUCUACAAGCUGCCAUUUGAAGUGUGUAGACAUGGCAAAAAAAAAAAACUAUAUUUAUAAAAUUUAAUAAAUGAAUAAAAAUGAACAUACUAAAAAUUGUAAAUAAGAGACUAUGAAAAUGUUUGGCGAAGCCGAGACCAAUAAUUUUGCUUUUAAAAUACACAAAAAGCUCUGUAUUAUCAUUUAAAUGAAGCUCCGCCCAUUUGACAUUAAACAAUAACAAAUCUUUUUAAUUCCUAUCAAAUCAUCUAAGAUGAUGAAAAAUAACUUUAAAAUGUUUAAAGACCUUUUUAAACGUUCCUUUAUCAGGUCAGGAUAAUUGAAAAAGGAAACAAUUUAACUUUUUUAAUAAAACUGAUCAAGAAAAGGGAAAAACUCUUGUAAAUAAAGCCUGAAUAUAAAGGUGGAUUAUUUCAUGGCCCCCAUGAGAAUGAAUUUAAGAGCAAGAUGUAAUAUUCCUCAGCAAGACAAAAUAAUUCCACCCUUGGCAGCAGAAAUAACUUUUUUUUUUUUUGACCACUCCUCCAAACACAACUCCCACAACACAAAUAUUUAGGUAAAAUCAGUUGUAAAAAUAUUUGAGUGUAAGGCGUGUUGAGGGAAAGCGGGAGCUCUGUGCAUGACGAUGUGGUACAUCAAACGGUGCCAGCCUUGAUAAGCUCAGAGGCGGGAGUUCUCAGUUCCCAUCCUGGGCUUUAUGGUCGGAGUCAUAGCUCAUAGUAUUGACCUAGAGGUGAAGCAGGAUGUCCACUCUCUUUAAGAAUAAAUUAUGUCUUUAAUGUUUUUCUACAACAACUGAUUCUCUAAGACCUUCAUUGAUGUUCGGUAUAUAAAUAAUGAGGUUGAGGUUGUAUUUAUCUCAUUUUUAAAACUUUGUAACUCAGAAACAAGAUUUUUUUAUGUCCUAAAUAUGCCUAAGAUACAAAACAUGUACAAAUGGCUAAACUUGUGUCCCUAUCUUAUCUCGUCUAUUGAUUUAACAGCUAUGUCACACUGAUGAAGAGCAGUGGAGAAGAGUUAACAGCAUCAGUUUCUAUAUUUUCUGCACUUAUAUGGACAUUCAUUGCAGUAUUCAGUGGCUGCAUCGGUCCAUAUGAACAUGCAUGCAUUAAAUUGCAGAAUAGUUGCACAGUAAAUGCAUGCAGUGCCAUAUAUUCCAUGCAGUACUUUAACAAAUCAUUUGUUUUUUUGUUUUUCUUUGUUUUUAUUUUUGUUUGUUUUGGGUUUUUUUCGCCGUCAUUAGUAACUAAUGUAGGAGAAUAAAUGGAGGAUUUAGAAAAAUUAGCCAAAUAUCAGCUGUGUUGACAGAAAUUCACCUUUUUCUUAUAAACUUGAACAUUUUAUUAAUAAUUCCAAAUUUUGCUGAAAGAUAUCCAAUGAAAAAAUUAAUUAGUUUUCCCUUUUUUUCCAUUGAAUGGCCAUUAAAAACCUGGCAGACUGACAGUCAGAUUGUAAAUUACACUUAGCACUGUUGCAUUGACCGUUAGCAACUUCCGUUACCUCUGCUGUGUUGUAUAUUUAGAUUUUCUAGAUGUUUAAGUGUUGCAUUGAAUACUGUCAUUACCACAGAUGCUGCUGCUCGUGUAGAAAUGUUUAGUUUUGGUUGGCCUCAUUAAGAUCUCGGUAUUCUGUUUGACUCUGGAAAAAAAAAUGUUAGCUGAGUAUCUCUGAGUGAGGAAAAAUUUUUAAAGAACGGAACGUGCUGCUGGAAAACUAAAAGAGUUUCGGUUGCAAAUGACAGACUGAGACAAAAUGCUAAGGUUAAAAAUUUAUCAAUCAAUAAACCUGUUCCAGUUUCUUUUAUUAAAAAAAAAAUUAGCCGUAUAGCGAGGAGCUUCUUCCUUCUAUAAGUACAGGGAUGGAUAAUGAUUGAAAUGUGUUUGAUUCUGAGAGCUGACAUCAGAUAUUUAAUAUUCUUAUUGGCUUUUUCUUUUUCCCAAACAUUCCUGAAUUUAAUUCAAAAUGUUACAGAAACACAGGGGGAAGAUCCACUCAAUAUUCAGCCAGUUUUAACAACACAACUGUCCAAUGAAAAUUCUUUGUUUUUUUACAAAAAAAACUGUUUUUCUCACAAAGUUAUGACACCCAAUGGAGAUACAUCUUAAAUAGACGGCCUCAUAAAACGCCCUCCCAUUGGUGAUAGAAGUGUCCAAGACAUCAGUUUAUAGGCAAGACCAUGCCGUACAAUGUAGAACAUCAAGAACAUCAAAAGUUGACAUACGUGGUUUCGAUUGGACAGUGACGAUAUGACAUAUAAUCAUGUGUUUGUUCUAACUUGACCCUGGUGUCUGGGCUGGUUUAAUGCUAAAAGCUUCAUUUUAAGAAGUUAAUUUUUAAGAAGAACUUUUUCAGAGAGCCCUUUCAACUAGCCAGUUCCAGUAUCUGUAUGUUGGUUUAGCAUCCAUCUAUUAUGUCAUGUAAGCGAGUGCCUUAACAGGGGCGGUGACCCUGUAUAAACUCUGUUCCAACAGUGUGUUUUUUCCAGUUUUCUUGGCCAGUAACCGGCGUUAUGGUUGUCAAAACCCAGUUAAACCAGCGCUGGAACUGCUCUUUGUCAAAAAAGGGAUAAUGAUGGCAAGUGGGAGAGAGAGUGACAUAUAAAUGUGGAUCAGCAGAAGAGACGAUAAUUGGGCCAAACUUGUUUCUGUGCAGGUCAACAAUGAUAUUUCAAGCUCAACAUAAGAGAGCUGCCACUUCUUUUUGUCUAUAAACAUUAAAAUCUAAGCUUAGGGUAAAGUGAACCUGUAUCAGAAGUCUGCCAGCAUGAGUUUAUAAAAACCUGGAACCUGGCUUUUGUAGGAGCACACAAUGCAAGAAAAAAAAAUAAAGAUUGAAACUAGCUAAAGAAAUUCCCCCUUCUGUCUCCAACAGGUAACAGGGCGUCUUUGUGCAUCGUAUUAACCCUCAUAGUAUUACCAUUUACCUCAACUCAUUUAUCUUUGCGCUCCGGUUUUCUGGCCUGAUGAAGUCGAAGUGUUGAGUUUUCUCUUGUUUCCCUCCUGAACGUCAGGACUUGAAUGGAGACGUUUGUCUGGGUUGUGAAUGUGUUUAGUUUCAAAGCAUUUAUCAAAGUGUGAUAUCUGUAUCAUGUGAAGGUUUAUGGUUUCAUGAGAAAUUUUAGUAAAUUGCAUUUUUUUUUCUUUUUUUUUUCUUUUUGUAAUCACAGCACUUUUUUUGUAAAUUGAAGCCUUAUUUCCUCCAGUACCUUUUUGUUUUAAACGGUUAUUACAAAUGUAUAGAAGAUAUAUUUAGCUCUUUUAGAGAAGUUAUAUGUAAAUACAAUAUAAAAUGUUCUAUUUUUACAGGUACAAUGUUGACAGUGUUUUUCCUAUCAAAGUGUCUUUUUUUUUGCUUUACUUGCACAAUGGUUCUGUGUGUCUCAUUGAUGGGUUCUUUAACAGAUGAUGCAUCUUUAAACAGAUUUUUGUAGUUUUUACAAAGAUCUUUAUUUAACUCUUCAUCAGGUGGUGUAGGUGAAAUUGAAGAUUAUUUAGCACCUAAUUAUAUUGUUUUGCUGUUUAGUUGUUUCAAAGACAAACAAGUUAUGCAGCAGGUUGCUUUGUCUUCUUUUAGUGUCCCUCAAUAGUCUAAAAUGACUCCAUUUUUUGUGAUUUCUGUCUGAAAUGUGUCAUGAGAGCACACAUUUCUUCACUUAGCUCUUUGUGGCUGGGCUCAGAUUGAUUAAAUAACAGAAUCCAACGAUUUAAAGCUGAUAUUUAACCCUUUAACACUUGACCCACGAAAAAAAAAAAUUUUAAAUGAAGUGUUUGUUUAGCUGUUUUCAAAAUGUAAAAUAAAAAAACAAAAAAAGUUUUGCAUCUAUGUAUGGUAUGUUAGAUUUAUUAUAGUAUAAAAGGUCCAUUAGGGGGCAUAAGACAAGUAUUACGUGGAUCAAAACAGGAUUGAGCUGGUGGUUUAACACCAUUGCUUCACAGCAAAAAGAUUCCAGGUUGGAACCUCGACUGAAGCCUUUGUUUGGAGUUUUGUCUGCUUGCUUGCUUGUCUAUAAAGCUUGUUACCAGAGGAUUCCACAAGGGGGCCCAUUAGCGAGUUCAGACCAAAUAGAGUUGCUGAAUUUUAGGGUACAAACAAAAGUUAGCAUUGUAUACGAGUUAAACUAGUACAAAAAAAAGGUUAAAGGAAAAAAAAAGGAUUAAUUUGGUUUAUUCUGAGAACCCCCAUCAGUGGUAUUGUAGAUGGUAUGUAAGGACCCUACAACAUGUCUUGUUUUCUAAAUUUCUCUCACAUUUUACCACAAUUGACCUUACUUCUGUACAUCAAAUAGAAUUUUAGCUUUCCUGACUUAUUGUUUUGUAUUUUUGUAUGUUGUUGACCUCUUAGCCACGUCACCUUUGUGAAAGAGAUGAGGAUCUCAGUGGGUUUUAUCUGGUCAUAUAAGUCCCUACAUGGCCCCUAAUGGGUAUUUGCAUACUGUGUAGCAUUAAUUUCUGAUGAUGUUCACAAACUAUGCUUCAAACAAAGCAAAAUAUAUGAUGCAGCCAUGAUAAACAAAUGUAUGCGUAAUUAAAAGCAUGUAAAUUUUUCGUUCUUACUCCCACAACUCAAAAACAUUCAUGUCAGGGUAAUUGGUACUUCUAAAUUCUCCCUAGGAUUGAGUGUGAGCGUAAGUGGUUAUUUGUGUCUGUGUUGGAAUUGCACAACCCUACAGUGGAAUAUGCUGAAAUAUCAAAUGGGUGGGUCAGUUUUGAGCAAAGUUGUUACCAUAUGGUGAUGCAAUAGGUCUUAAACUGUAUAUUGAUUAUUAUACAUUAGGUGUUAAAGGGUUAAAUUAAUUGUAGAUCCAAGUUCAAUGAAGUUCAUCCAGAUUUAGACCCUGAGUUCAAAGUUUGAAAGAUAAUCUAAAAAAAAAAACAACCAUGUCUGAAGAUGGUUGAAGGUCUUUAGUGAGAGGCACAGACAUUGAGCAGUUCAUGUCAAACUUCUUCAUAAGCUUCAGCGGUACCAGUGAACUUUAAUGAAUGUGUAUGUAAGAAACACUGCAAUACUGCAAAAUGUUUUGGUAUUGGAACAAGCUGCUAACAUAACGUCUAAAGCUCCUUACGGUGCUACAGACAUCUUUUCUAGUUCUUAAAUGAAUUGUUUGUAUAAGUAUCCAGUUUAGCUGAACAGUUGGCAUGCGUGUGUGCCCAGUUGUAUUAUAUAACUACAUAUAUUUGUAUUGUACUGUGACUUUUUUUUUUUUUUGUUAACAAACACGCCUGUAUCAUCAUGGUCCUCAAACCUGGGGAUGUGUAAGGUGGUUGCAUUACUCCAUUCAAAAAUGAGCUGAAGAAGUUCAGAGAUGAACUGCUUUCCGGCCAUGUUGGUUUUCAUACUUGUUGCAUUUCAUCAGUGAUGGACUCGUUGCAAAAUCUCAACAUUUUACUUCAAAAUCUAUUUUACAAACUACUGUUGUAUUUUUUUACAUAUAGGCAAAGUAAAUCACAUAAACAUAUGAGUAAAUAUAUAUGUAUAUGUUUAUAGGUUGUGUAAAAUAAAUAUUAAUGCUGCAGCUUUUAUCGGUUGUUUUUUAAACAUGGACAUCAUCCAAAGAAACAGAUUAUUUAUUGCUUGGCAGAAUAACCUGAUUUAAUUCACAUACCUUGCUGCUAUGAGAGAAGAGUUGCAAUUGACAACUCCAAGUGUUUUUACUCAGUGUAAUGAAAGUUCAAUAAACGUAAAGAGAAAGAU